CUUGUCGCCGCGCGCAAUUUGAAGAGUUCCUCGGCCUAUGGCAAAGCGCAUCGAAUGUCAGGCCACGAUGGCUCGCAUUUUUCUUCUUCAAUGCUGUCGAGGACGCCGUUUACUUUAUUGGCUCUCAAUUACACCGCUGCAGCGCUGGCUGACGAGAUAGUUGCCUUGCCGGGUCUCCCAGAACCGGAUUCUUCAUUUCGACAGUUCGCAGGUUAUUUGGAUAUCUCUCCCACAAAGCACAUUUUCUACUGGUACGUUGAACCAAAUAGAAAUUCCAGCGUUCUAGAUUGGGCUGCGGUGCCGUUGUCAUUGUGGACAAACGGGGGUCCCGGGUGCAGUGGUCUGUUUGGAUACUUCGCUGAGCAUGGCCCGUUCCGAGCCACCCAACACGGAAGCGGCCUGGAAGUUAACCCCUUCUCGUGGAACACACUGAGCCACAUGCUGUAUGUCGAGAUUCCAGU